AUGUCGUCGCGCUUCGCGUCGCUCAUUAACUACCGUCCGAACCUGCCCAACCUGAACAAGAAAAAAGCUGGCGGUAGCAGUGGUAGUAAACCAUUCUCGCUCCGGCGCGCCGACCCAACCUCGUCGUUACCUUAUGAGGUGUUCGAUAUUAGCACUGGGAAGACGUCGUUCUCCGAGUCGGAGCGCUCAUUUGAAGCCACACUCUCGAGCUCCCUUCCUACAACAACCACCCUUCCCUCAUCACUCCCUACCUCGUCGCUCUCCGCAGCAGACAUCAUCUCACCACGGGUGGAUGUGGACAUCGAGUUCACGCCUACUGACUGGUUCCCUUCCCAUUUCCUCAAGACGGACUCCAUUGCUGGGCCAAGUUCGCUGGGCAUUACGGCGCCGAAAGUCAUCGUGGAAAGUAGAACGGGGGCGAGCGGAGACGAAGAAGAAUUUGAAGACGAGGAUGAUGACGACGAUGCAUAUUCGACAAUUAGCGAGGACGUCGGCGAAGAUUUGCGAGCGUUGGGCGCCUCGGACUUCUUACGGCUACCUGAAACAGACGGCCUACUUCCGCCUGCUACGCCGCCGCGAAAAGGCGCGCCUUCCCCAAUCAAGAUACCAAAUGCCUCGCUCCAUGGCCCACGCAUCCAAAUCGAGCGGACAACCUCUAUGCAGUCGCGACCAGACUCUGUAUUCUCCAUGCUCGACACCGCUGUGUCCGGGACAACAAUUGCUAGAGCGUUAAUAGGCGACUCUUUUGUCUUGUCGCACGACCGCUCGUCAAGGUAUCGCAGUGGGGGUUCCGUCCUUACUCGAAGCGACUCCGCGACAUUGCCACGGGGAGAACACCCGUUUUCUCCCGCCUGGACUAUUCGGAGAAGUAGUACCGCAGAUGGGGGAGAGGGCGAUCUUCCCCCAUUACCACCCAUGCCAGAAAUGCCCGACGAAUUGCGCAAGGUUAUCGCUGAAUCACGCAAGACAAAAGGGAGUCCCACGACCAGUCCAGGGGCGGAGAGCAGUUAUUCUGACGAACGAAGAAUUUCGCGAAUUACGGAGGUCCUAACGCCCACUUCUGAUGAAGUGGUUUCUCCCCAGUCUGGCCCACCACCAGACAGUGCGCUUGCGUUAUCUGAUACCUCCUCUCCUCCCCUUUCACCGCCGCUAGCUCAUCCCGGCGCAGCAUCACCGUCAGCCUUCCCAACCUCUCCUGGCCAAAUGUCAAACCUUUCCGGGUCAGAUCACCGCUCAUCCCGAGACAUUGACAAUGUACUCGACUACUACAAUUUCGAUGCCAGCCCUGGCAACACCAGUUCAUUCGACCCACUAACUCCCGACCCACGCGCUGACCCGAAUCGUUUCCAACCUGCCUUCUCUCCCAUCACGGAGGUUACAGAGGAUUCCAAUUCACAAAUGUCACCAAACUCAUUCAGGUCGAGGAUGAAUACUAACGCAACGCCUUCUCCCGCUUUAUCUCCCAGUCCAGCGAAACAAGAAUGGCGCUCGAACGAAAUUCGCAGCCUCCCGCCUCACCCAGGCCUGCUUGUUACCCAUGACGACAAACCGCGAACGACUCCGCCACCUAUCAUCAUCCCACCACCACCAAUGGCCGCAUCUGGGUCGAGCAGGUCGCUUCCAACGCUGAUCAGAGACGAGGAACCUCCAGAAUCAUCACAGUCUUUACAUCCGCCGUCCAAAGGCCUCUUCAAUCGCUUGAGGGCAGGCAGCGCGCCGAGUCCGAUCGAAGUUGUCAGGGAUUCCCAGGAUAUUACGUCAUACAAUAUCACCGUUACUCCCCGGGUGGAAACAGCUUCGUCCAGCUCGACCCCAAUAACUGGGAACGAGGAGGGGCGACAACAGCAAACUUUUCCGGAGACACCCAGUGCAUUCAGCCCCACUUUUUCGACGACUUCAGACGCGACGUCUGCUGGGGAGCGAAACUCGAUGCUGCCACCAGCGAUGCCAGUGACCGCUGGCGCUAAAACGGGCUUUGCGAGUCUUGCGCAACAGGUAUUAUUAACCCGUUCCUCGACAACGGGCGGGCCGGUGUUCCGGCCCGGGGGCGGAAGGCCCUCGCAUACAAGGGAAGGCAGCGUUGGGGUUGUUGGCGGCCGGGCAAAGGCAAAUAGGACCACUGUGAUCCUCCCUUCCGCGGCAGCAGCGACAAUACUUAAGGAAAUCCUGCCAUCGUCACCAGAAGAGCCGGAACCAGUACCUGCUCUACCUGAAGAAAACGGGAAUGACAAAGAGGAUGCCUCUUUUUCCCAUGCGCCUGAUACGGAGUCGGUAUAUUCUAUAGGAUCAUAUUCGACUCCUGCGGAUCCACAACAGCAAAAAAGACAAUCUCAGUCGUCUGACGCGCAUUCGAGUUCGUUGCACGACCACCCCAAGCGCGACUACCAAGCAAAACCGCUACCCGCGAUGCCAAUGUCACCAGUCUCGUCUGCAGAAUCAGAUGGUAUGGUUGAAGCCUCUGCUCCCGCGCCUGUUCUUGUUACUGCAAUAUCUGCCUCGGGUUCGUCAACAUCGUUGUCUCAACCCCCAUCUUCCGGAUCGGGUUCUUCUUCCGCUGAAGCCCUGCCACUUUCUUUGUCCCGAAAAUCAACUCCUGCAGUUGUCGACGUUGUUUUGCCUCCUCCGACUAUUGAAGAGACUCCGGCUCCCCCAAUAGAACAAACUAUCGAAGUGCCUCCAGAAUUCCAGCGCCCACCGGUGAUCCUGACCCCACCCCCGCCUCCAGUCGACCCAUUAAUGGGAUCCCCACAUAUAGUUCCCCUUAUCACGCCAGCGCGGGCUAAUGGCGAGGCCAGCCCGAUGCACGCGUCGUUGGCACUUGGCUCACCUCCACCAUACUACACCGUCAUCUACGACCGUGAUACCACCGGCCAGGAGCGAAUGACGCCUAGUACAGGCGGUUCCAACGGCUACCCGGAGGCUUAUACUCCCUUCACACCUGCUAUGAACAUUCGGGAGCAACGAACGUCGAUUUCAAGUCUGAACCCGCCGAACACGGCCCGGAGCGCCCGCCAUCAACGGCCUCGGCCACCUUUGCCGGUUGGCCCGAGACGCCCGAGCAUGGGUGUGGCUACCCCUGGUCCGUCUGGGGGCCGGAAUCGAAAUGGUUCAGUCUCGUCAAUUGCCAGUAAUGUCCAUGGCCGGCGUACUACUUCGUCCGCGCCACGGUUCCAGACCCCGCCUGUCAAGUGGCGGGGGUACACUAUGGAGGCGGCAAAAUGGACCUUUUCGUCUGCGCAGUUACAGAGUAUUGUGUCCAGGGCCAUUCGCCAGUCGGCGGAGGCGUCUUCUAUCCGUUUGUUGAGGCUGGAGACGAUCGACACGGAUAUACCCGAAGAACUUCAUCAGUUGGAGAUGCAGAGAACGGAUGUGAAGACGCGGUACAAGAUGCUGUCAAGGAGGCGGGCGAACUUGUUGAGCACGCUGACGGGGAAUCUGGACGGGACGGAGCCAGAGGACCCGACUUAUUCGCUCCGACUGGUGGAGAACUUAAAGGAGGUGUCUACAGAAUUGGACCGGCUAGCGGAGGAUUUACAUUCCGCGGACGAACAAAUUGCGCAGUUAACUUCGUUGCGGGACAUUCAUUCCGCGAGUGCGCUGGCGAUGGCGCUGCGGAAGCUCAAUGCCAGCUUCUUGAAGCAAAUUUCGGCCAACGAGGAGCUCAAACAACAGGUGACGACGUUGCAGGCUGAGAGGGACGAGGCGUGGUCGCAGGCGGUUGAUGUCGCACAUGACUAUGACGACCUGAACGAGCGGCUGGAGAUGCAGUCUCCUGGGUCAAGUUCGUACAGCCACAACCACACGAACAGCAUCAAUAACAAGCGCUCGAGCCGUGUCAUGGCUAGCAAAAUAUCGAGCAUUCGCGUUUCGAGGGCGGGACUGAGGCCGUCAAGUAGACGGUCGUCAGUGAGCAGUAUUGGUGCCCAGCGAUAUAGUUCUGCAUUACCCUCUGCUGCAACCGACGAUAUUCCCCCCGUACCACCUAUUCCGAGACGGAGACCAGACGAUAUACGGACCGACUUGUCGUUGCGAACAUCUGCUCUCUCCACAUCGCCAUCGUCGGAGACACGGGCCCUUGACCUGGCACAGGCAGAACUUUACAAUAUGCUGGGUAUUCCAUUCCCUGGAGGCUCGCGCCGGUCGCAUUCUGUUAUUCUGAGUGCCGCGAGUGACUCUGAAAGUGCACAUAACCCGCUGCUGUCGCCGCCCCUGCAGUCGCGUGCGCAACGAAAAUCAGACGCCAGUCGCCCAUCGUCGUUGCCGGGCAACUCGAAGUUGUCCGAGGCGCUAAACGCCAUAACUGCCGAUCGGACGGCGAUACUAGCAACGCUGGGCAUGCUUGAUGACUAA